AGCUGUGAUCAUUCUGUAUUUAUCACUUGUCAGGACCUUUUUCAACAGAUUCUUCAUAAUCUAAGACAGUUGGCUGUAAAGGGCUCAGCCUCUUCGGAAGAUUCCAUUUACAACUGCAAAAACUUAAACAUAAAUAAUAUACCAGCAAUGGAUUGUAUGAAGAUUUCUCAAAACAAAAUCAAAUAUCUAAAUAAAAACUACCAGAAGUUUCCGCACAAGAUCUAUGAUUCAAAAUGUGACAUUAAGUUGUCUGUUGGCGGGACAAGUUUCCGAGUGCAUAAACAGGUUCUUUCUGAAGCCAGCGAUUACUUUUCGGCUAUGUUCCACCAUGAUAUGAAGGAAAAAGAACAAGAUGCUAUUGAAAUUAAAGAUAUCAGUCCCAAGGGAUUUUCUGCAAUCUUAGACUACUUCUACCAUGGUAAUAUUACAAUUUGUCCAGAAAACAUUGAAGAUGUCUUAGAAGUAGCUCGAUUCUUCCAAGCUGACUGGAUUGUUGAUGUGUGCUGCAACUUCCUGGUAGAAUAUAUGAGUUUAGAAAAUUAUACAUAUGUACAAAACCUAGCAGAUAAAUAUGCUCUUGGAGACUUACAACCUGAUAUUCUUCAAGUACUUGCUUUAAGUAUUAAUGAGUUAGUAGAGCAGCCCAAGUUCUUACAGAAUCUUCCGGAAAACCUCCUCUUAGCAUUUCUUCAAUGUGAUGUAUAUGUGGAAGCCCAUGAACAUUUCCUUUUUAAAAUUAUCCUUGAUUGGGUUGAUGAAGAUCCUUGCACUCGCAAACCUUCUCUGCUGCCACUUCUUAAAGAAAUACGAUUUUCGCUUAUGGAGCUUGAAGAACUAGAAUCAAUUCCUGAUUUAGUGCACGAGUUUGAAGAAAUUCACAAUGAGAUAGAAUUUGCAAAGAAUUAUGCCUUAUGCAUCCAAGCACAAUGUCUUCAGAAUGAUGAUAAGUUUCUUCCAAGGGGAGCACACAGUGUAUUGGCCAUGAUUUUCUUUCCGGAUGACAUAUGCACAAAUAUUGCUUACAAAGAUCUAGAUAACCCUGGACUUUGUGUUGAAGAAUUAGAUUCUCCUCUGCACAUUCGAUAUGAGCAUACAAGAGAAACAGUGCUUGGAAACUUUUUGUUUGUUGCUGGAGGUUAUACUACCAAUUAUUGCAGUUCGAAUUGUGUGUUUAUGUAUGACCCUCGCUUUAGAACUUGGACCGAAAUUGCUUCAAUGCAAAACCCUCGAGUUUCUUUUGCAAUGUGCAGCUCUGACCACAAUCUGUUUGUUUUGGGUGGCAUCAACCAUAUGUUUGUAGACAACAAUGAAGUGGAAGUUAUUCUCCAAAACUGUGAGAUGUAUUUCCCCGAAGAAAAUAUUUGGGUGGCUAUUCCUGACUUACCUCUUGGUAUAUUUGAUCAUGCCAGUGCCUUUGCUAAUGACUGUUUGUACUGUAGUGGUGGCAUUACAGAUAAUCCUGAAAAUACAGUACCUGUUCCAUUUUUGUAUGUCUACAGUUUCAGUACAAAAACCUGGGAAACAAAAGCAGAAAUGCUUUACCCUCAUCAAAGGCACUGCAUGAUGUCUAUCGACAACAAGUUAUUUGUAUUAGGUGGUUACACCCGAGAUAAUGAAAUCGGUUUUAAAGAUUGUUUAACAAAUGAAUGUUAUGAUAUUGAAACUAACCAAUGGACUGAGAUUCUUAGCACACCACCGGAAUAUGGCCUUCUUCAGUCACAUGCAACACAACUUGAAAAUAAAAUCUAUAUUAUAGGUGGUGAAAAAACAAAUCUUUAUGCCUAUGACUUUGAAAAAAAUACAUUUGAGGAACUGGAAUUACUUGAUCCUAAGAUUCAACGAGUUUCUUGUCUUGAUGUAGCUUAUCCAUAAAGCAUAAGAAACUGCUUAUCUUGCAAUAAAAAAACUUUAAUUCAUAAGACUCUGAUGUCAGUCAAAACUUUCAGCAAGAUUAACUCCCUGAGGAAAUGAUUUAACAUUAACAGAUAUCGAUUUAUGAGAUAGUUUACUACUAAUUUAUUACUAACCAACUUCAGCUUAACAUUAACAAACUUUGCAUUGUAUGUGCUGUAGAGGUUAAAUCCAAAACAAGUCACUUAGUUCUUGGUUGUAGCCUUUCCACAUCAUGUAUAUUUCUUAUAUUCUUGAGAAAAAGCAAGAAAGUUGCAACAUGCCAGUUUCUCCUCAUAAAUUUAUACUUUUAUGUCUGUAAGAAAUAAAUUUUAACAGAUUCCAGUUGAGCAAUAUAAA